UUAUAGUGUCAAUGUUUGAGAGAUACUUAAGCAUUGCUUUUGUUUAUCCUGAAAGAAAACAAAGGACUCAUCUUUAUCAAUCAGAUGAAGAGAUGGAGAGAUGCUCAGAGUUACUGCAGACAGAAUUACAUUGAUCUGGUCAGUGUGAGAAAACAGGAUGAGAAUCAACAGAUUGAGAAGAUCAUGAAUAAUAGUAAGAAAUCUGAUGAUGUCUGGAUCGGUCUGUUCAGAGACUCAUGGCAGUGGUCAGAUCAGAGUAACUCCUCAUUCAGAUACUGGAAGUCUGGUCAACCUGAUAAUGCUGGAGGUAAUGAAAAAUGUGCAGUGAUUGAACCAAAAGCUCAGAAACAAUGGCAUGACAUCUCUUGUAACCGCCUAUUUCCUUUUGUAUGUCAUGAAGAUAAACUGAUUGUGAUCAGAGAGAAUCUGACGUGGUUUGAAGCUCUGAGAUACUGCAGACAGAAUCAUGUGGAUCUGGUCUCGGUUCAUUCACAAGAGAUGCAGCAUGAGGUGAUGAACGUGGUUAAACUGGCGUCUACUGCGGAGGUGUGAUUGGGUUUACGUCACUCCUGCACUGUGGGCAUCUGGCACUGGGUGAGUGGAGAGACCGUGUGCUAUCAGAACUGGGCUCCAGGGAACGGCGCAUCA